AAACUUACUCCCCUCCAUAGGCUUCUUCUUGCACGCCCCAAUCACUCUUGUUGGAAGGUUGAGGCGAAAGGAAUAAGCCGCAAUGUUGAAGUUCCUCUCCAAAGUGAGAAUCGAAUUCAAUGCCUUAGAUCCACGCUUGGCAUCUUGCAUGGAAUUCUUGGCGCAGUGUAAUGCUCGGAAGGCCAAGGAAUCGAACCCGGCUUGCCAGUUGAUCGUCAAGCGCCGAACCGACGACCACCCGCCCCAGAUCACCGUCACCUUCGUCAAUGGAGUCGAAGAGGUCUUCGACGCUACCUCUACUCCUGCUCAAACAAUCAGGACUAUGAUUCUUGAAAAGGGCCAACUCCUUGAGACCGAGCAAAUGUUUCGAGAAGCUGGAGAAACUUGGCCGGUUAUCAUUCCCGAUGAGGAGCUUAAUCACCCUCCUCCCAGUAUCAAGCCAAGAAAAGCGGAAGACAAGCAGUAACACUGUCUCAAUUGAUCAACUUGCGGAUGUACCUGAAAGAAGAGGGAGUGCAUUCUGUCCUCGCACCAAGUUAUCAAUUUCCGUGAAGUAGUAGUGCUGCUGGCUCUGAGAUGUUUGUUCUAGGUUUUUUUCCUACGGAUGUUUAUUGUUUUCUCCUCCCGCACCAAGUUCUAAACAUGGAUGCUGUGUUGUUUUUCAUCAGCUAUUUAUUCAUAUAAUAACUUGUUGCUAGCUAAUACAUGCUUUGUGACAAGUUUCUUGAUA